AUGGCCUCUCGAAAAUUAAGUGACUCGGAAAUGACGCACUUGGUAGAACUGUAUCGGGAAAACGAAGUUCUAUGGAAAGUUACACAUAAGUCGUACAGAAGUCGAGAUGCAAGAGAUAACGCCUAUGCAAGAAUCAGAGACUCGUUGAAUACGCCAUCACUUUCAUUGCAAGACAUAAGCAAGAAAAUAAAAAAUUUACGGUCUACCUACAUAAAAGAAAGAAAAAAAAUUGACGCUAGCUUCCGAUCCGGUGCCAGUACACAAUCUGUUUAUAAACCAAAGAUGCCGUGGUUUGAAAUAGCUGAUGGAUUUUUGAGGACAUAUACAUGUAAAAGACAUACAAAUACAAAUAUGGAUGAAAAUUUUGAUUGUGCUUCAACAAUCAGCGAUACAGGCAGUGAUGUCACGCAAACUCCCACAUUAACGGAAGAUACCUUUUUAAGUACAUCGCAACAUACAACUGAUUUUUCUGAUGAUUCUCGAAACUUACCUCAAAAACCUAAACGCAAAAGAAACCAUGUGGUGGGAAAUAAAGGUAACGAGAACUCUGAAGACGUGAUUGCUGUGGCAUUGGAGAAAUUGGACAACUUAAGAAAAGAAGUUGGAACUAUGAAGGAAGAUGAAUAUGAUAUAUUUGGCAAAUACAUUGCGUCUUUGUUGCGACAAAUGCCGAAAAAACACUUUAUUUCAGCAAAAUCAAUAAUCCAACAAACUAUUACAGAAAUUGAGUUGAGGAUUUUAUCUGAGGAAUGUACAACAUCACAUACUACAAGUAAUUAUCCAGUACAUGAAUAUUUCACACCCAAUUAUACUACGAGUACUACUAUGAGUACUAGUAGCCAAAGUAACAUAGCAGUUGAAAACAUAGAGCUAAAUACAAGCAACGAUUCUAUCUCAAAUGUGAUUGGUGUUCUUUCGAACCUAGAAGAAUCUCAAAAUGCAUGAUCAAUUAGCUUUAAGAUCAUUUCUGGAAACGAUCCAACAUUCAUAAUACCUAUGUUUCGUAAUUUUGAAAUUAUAUUGAUUGUAAAAAUUUUAUUGUUUUACUUACAUUACCUACAUUAAACUAAUUACUACAUAAACCACUUACCUCGA